CAUCAACCAUAAGCACAAACCCAGCAACUUUUGAGGUACUACAGAAACAACAAAACACAAAACUGAGAGAGAGAGAGAGAGAGAAAGAAAGUUUGGAACUUUAGCACAACCCAAGUUACCAAAAAAAAAAAAAAAAGAGUUAAAAGUAAAAAAUUUGAGCCGAAAAAUAAAGUUAAAUAAGACCGGGGGAAAAAAAAAGAGCUCAAAAGCCAGGUAGCAGCAGCGAACAGCAGCAGUAGUAGUAGGGUGAAGAUAAUAAAGAAGAGAGAGAGAGAAGAGAGAGGGAAGAGAGAGAAAGAAAGAGGUUUUGUUCCACUGAUAAUAAAGAUAGGAAUUUUUAUUUAUAUUUAUGCAAAUGUCACAAGAUUCUCAGGAGAUAAAGACGAUUGAGCAGUGGAAAUGGUCCGAAAUGCAAGGCCUGGAGCUCCUUGUUUCUUCUUCUUCUCCUCCAUAUAAAACCAACCCAAUUACAACAACGCCACAAGAAGAAGGAGAACAACACCAACAAAAUCGACAAGAAGAGGAGAAAACGACAAUGGAGAAGAGUGGUGAAUCCUCUGCUGAUCCAGCACCGGAGAAGAAGGAGAAAGACUCUGGUAGUACUAGUGGCAAUGGAGGAGGGAAGAGUGAGGGAAUUUCCCCAGUCGGGUUCGGGGAGUUAUUCAGAUUUGCCGAUGGUCUGGACUAUGUUUUGAUGACAAUUGGGUCGGUCGGAGCAAUCGUCCAUGGCUGCUCUCUGCCGCUCUUUCUCCGAUUCUUCGCCGAUCUCGUCAAUUCUUUUGGCUCCAAUGCCAAUAACGUUGACAAGAUGAUGCAAGAGGUCCUCAAGUACGCAUUGUACUUUCUCGUCGUUGGAGCUGCAAUAUGGGCGUCCUCAUGGGCUGAGAUAUCUUGUUGGAUGUGGACGGGAGAGAGGCAAUCGACGAGGAUGAGAAUCAAGUAUCUUGAAGCCGCUCUGAACCAAGACAUUCAGUAUUUCGACACUGAAGUCCGAACCUCCGACGUCGUUUUCGCCAUUAACACCGACGCCGUUUUAGUCCAAGACGCCAUUAGCGAGAAGCUGGGGAAUUUUGUUCACUACAUGGCCACAUUUGUGUCUGGUUUUGUGGUGGGUUUCACUGCUGUGUGGCAAUUAGCUCUGGUCACUCUUGCUGUUGUUCCUCUCAUAGCAGUAAUCGGAGGAAUCCACACAACCACACUGGCAAAACUCUCUGGAAAGAGCCAAGAUGCUUUGUCUCAAGCUGGGAAUGUUGUUGAACAGACAGUUGUGCAAAUUCGUGUGGUUAUGGCGUUUGUUGGGGAAUCAAGAGCUCUACAAGCUUAUUCCAGUGCAUUGAGGAUUGCCCAGAGGCUUGGUUACAAGAGUGGAUUUGCAAAGGGAAUGGGACUUGGUGCCACUUACUUUGUGGUCUUUUGCUGUUACGCCCUCUUGCUUUGGUAUGGAGGUUAUCUGGUUAGGCACCAUUACACUAAUGGAGGACUUGCCAUCGCCACUAUGUUUGCAGUUAUGAUAGGUGGACUUGCGUUGGGUCAAUCUGCACCAAGCAUGGGUGCAUUUACAAAGGCUAAAGUUGCAGCUGCGAAAAUUUUCCGGGUAAUUGAUCACAAGCCAGGAAUUGACCGGAACAGCGACUCAGGGUUGGAGCUAGAUUCGGUGACGGGUCUUGUGGAGCUGCAAAACGUGGACUUUUCGUAUCCAGCGAGGCCAGAGGUUCGCAUCCUUAACAAUUUCUGCCUGAGCGUCCCGGCCGGGAAGACCAUAGCUUUGGUUGGCAGCAGUGGCUCUGGUAAGAGCACUGUGGUCUCUCUCAUUGAGAGAUUCUAUGAUCCCACCUCAGGACAAGUUCUUCUAGAUGGGCAUGACAUAAAGACAUUGAAACUGAGAUGGCUAAGACAGCAAAUCGGACUUGUGAGCCAAGAGCCUGCCUUAUUUGCUACAACCAUUAAAGAAAACAUACUUUUGGGUAGGCCUGAUGCAGACCAAGUUGAAAUUGAAGAAGCUGCAAGAGUUGCAAAUGCUCACUCUUUCAUUAUCAAGCUUCCUGAUGGUUUUGACACUCAGGUAGGGGAGAGGGGAUUGCAGCUCUCUGGAGGGCAGAAACAGCGGAUAGCCAUAGCAAGGGCAAUGCUGAAAAACCCUGCAAUCUUGUUAUUAGAUGAGGCAACAAGUGCUUUGGACUCUGAGUCUGAGAAGUUGGUACAAGAGGCCCUUGAUCGGUUCAUGAUAGGGCGGACGACACUUGUCAUUGCCCAUCGCCUCUCAACCAUUCGCAAGGCUGACCUUGUGGCUGUGCUGCAGCAAGGGUCUGUUUCCGAAAUCGGAACCCAUGACGAACUCAUUGCUAAAGGAGAAAAUGGCAUGUAUGCCAAGCUCAUAAGAAUGCAGGAGAUGGCACACGAGACUGCUCUCAACAAUGCCAGGAAGAGUAGCGCUAGGCCUUCUAGUGCCAGAAACUCAGUUAGCUCACCAAUAAUUGCUCGAAAUUCCUCAUAUGGUCGAUCACCAUACUCCCGCCGGCUGUCUGACUUCUCCACUUCUGAUUUUAGUCUUUCUCUUGAUGCCUCGUACCCCAAUUACCGGCUUGAAAAGCUUCCCUUCAAGGAGCAAGCUAGUUCUUUCUGGCGCCUGGCGAAAAUGAAUUCACCUGAAUGGGUUUACGCUUUAGUUGGUUCCAUUGGUUCUAUUGUUUGUGGCUCUCUAAGUGCAUUCUUUGCAUAUGUCCUUAGUGCUGUUCUCAGUGUUUACUACAACCCUGAUCACGCUUACAUGAUCAAACAAAUCGGAAAGUAUUGCUAUCUGUUGAUCGGGCUUUCAUCGGCGGCACUUCUCUUCAACACGCUACAACAUUUCUUCUGGGACAUUGUGGGAGAGAACCUCACGAAACGCGUGAGGGAGAAAAUGCUGGCAGCCGUGCUGAAAAAUGAAAUGGCAUGGUUCGAUCAGGAGGAAAAUGAGAGUGCUAGAGUUGCAGCAAGGCUGGCUCUUGAUGCCAACAAUGUUAGAUCAGCCAUAGGAGACAGGAUUUCGGUAAUUGUACAGAACACAGCGCUUAUGUUAGUCGCAUGCACAGCCGGUUUCGUUCUUCAGUGGCGUCUUGCCCUUGUACUCGUAGCUGUCUUCCCUGUGGUCGUUGCGGCCACUGUUUUACAGAAAAUGUUUAUGACUGGUUUCUCUGGAGACCUUGAAGCUGCCCAUGCCAAGGGUACCCAACUAGCUGGGGAGGCCAUAGCCAACGUGAGGACUGUUGCCGCCUUCAAUUCAGAGGAAAAAAUUGUUGGUCUUUUCACCACCAACCUCGAGACUCCGCUACGCCGCUGCUUCUGGAAGGGUCAGAUUGCUGGAAGUGGAUUUGGGGUAGCUCAGUUUGCACUCUAUGCUUCUUAUGCUCUUGGUCUUUGGUACGCUUCAUGGCUUGUAAAGCACGGUGUCUCUGAUUUCUCAAAGACCAUCAGAGUUUUCAUGGUCCUAAUGGUCUCUGCCAAUGGAGCAGCCGAGACGCUGACCUUAGCUCCUGAUUUCAUCAAGGGUGGUCGAGCUAUGCAAUCAGUAUUUGAACUUCUUGAUCGCAAAACUGAAAUAGAACCUGAUGACCCUGAUGCCACGGCAGCUCCUGACCGGCUGCGUGGAGAGGUUGAAUUCAAACAUGUGGACUUCUCUUAUCCUACUCGCCCUGACGUCCCCAUCUUCCGUGACCUCACUCUGCGCGCUCGAGCAGGAAAAACUCUUGCGCUUGUUGGUCCUAGUGGGUGUGGGAAGAGCUCGGUUAUUGCAUUGGUACAGCGGUUCUAUGACCCAACAUCAGGCAGGAUCAUGAUUGACGGGAAAGACAUUAGAAAGUACAAUCUCAAGUCACUCAGAAAGCACAUUGCAGUGGUGCCUCAGGAGCCGUGUCUUUUUGCUACAACCAUAUACGAAAACAUUGCAUACGGGCAUGAAUUCGCGACUGAGGCGGAAAUCAUAGAGGCUGCAACUUUGGCCAAUGCCCACAAGUUUGUAUCCUCGUUGCCUGAUGGAUACAAAACUUUUGUUGGUGAGAGAGGAGUCCAAUUAUCUGGGGGACAGAAACAAAGAAUUGCGAUUGCCCGGGCAUUGGUGAGGAAGGCAGAGCUUAUGCUGCUCGAUGAGGCCACUAGCGCACUCGAUGCUGAGUCUGAAAGAUCCGUUCAAGAGGCUCUAGAGCGCGCCUGCUCGGGAAAGACAACAAUUGUGGUUGCACACAGGCUUUCAACCAUUAGGAAUGCCCAUGUCAUUGCAGUGAUUGAUGAUGGGAAAGUGGCUGAGCAAGGAUCACACUCCCAUCUAUUAAAGAAUUACCCUGAUGGGUGUUAUGCAAGAAUGAUACAACUACAAAGGUUCACACACAGCCAGGUUAUUGGAAUGGCCUCAAGUUCAACUUCUUCAGCAAGACCAAAAGAAGAUGAGGAAAGAGAAGGCAAGUAAAGGUGAACAAACAUACCAGUAAAAAAAAAAAAAGGAGUAUAUUCAUCCAUAUACGCCUUGUGAUUUUUUUGGUUUUGUUUUGUUUUUCUCUUUCUUAUUUUGGUAUAGUAUGUCUAUUAUCCCUCCUUUUUUAAUCUCUUACCGCAUAUGUUGUCUUUAUGGACCUCUCAAGGACAAUGAUAACAAGCAAUACGUAAGAUUGAAAUAGAUGAUAACAUAGAGUUAAUGACA